UGGGGGUAGAGCAAGGGACUUGGAGGUGUUCUAGGGAUCCAGAAUUUGGCGAGCAGCACUCAUUGGGAUUCUCCAAGUCAGAGGCCUUCCUAGAUCGUGGUCAAGUGUUCAUUCAGUCAGAAUGAUUGCUUCUGGGAGGCGGGGCUGCUGUGUCGGCAGAGAUGAAGAACUUGUAUUGAACUGCAAUAUAUUCCUUGCCGUCACCUGGCUUCACUUGAUUCUUCUUACCUCCCAUAAAGUGAAUGCCGAUAAUUCCACCUCCCCCGCUGAAACAACUCUGGUGACCAUGACUGCAGAGGACACCUCCCUUGUCACUUUUAUCACAAUCCCUAAUAAUGCUCCAGAGGUGACAUCAGUCGAACCGACAAGCCUCAAAGCUGGGACUUCAAGUGUUCUGUCCACUUUAAGCGACGCAGGAGUGAAAUCCCAGAGUACUCUUUGCAAUUUAUCAUCUAUCUGCAAUGAUUCAGUGUUCUAUGUGGGUGAGAUAAUGCUUCACUACAAUAAAGAAAACAAUACCACUCUGGAUGUCAAAAUGAGUAAGGACGUGGCCAAUGGCACUUUAACUGAAAACCUGCCUUCAAGUGAAUUAAAAAUUUCAGGACUCAACAAAACACUGAAAAGCCUGAGUGAGUUUUAUUACAUAAUGUGUGCUGCAGAGAACUACAGCGUGUCAAAUUGCACCUUCAAAAUAAAAGUGAAUAAGACAGCGGACAUAUGCAAUUUAGUGGUUGCUUUAAGGCAAGCUGAGAUACGUCCCAUGGAACACUGCUGCUGUUCUUCCAAGGAAUGUUGUCCUUCAACUGUUGAUGAGCUGGAAAAGUUGGAGUGUGAUAAACAAGAUCCAGUUGUCUGCGAUGGUGGCUCCGAACAUUCAGAACAUCCAGCUCUUCCUCCUCCUGGUAAACCUACCCCUGCACUUCCUUCUCCCACUCUUCCCUUCAGCUCUCCGAGUGCAGUGCCUCUGGUCACCCCUCAGAUCCUUCCCACCGUGACUCAGAUUCUCACCCCGCUCAUUUCAUCUUCCACCUGGGAGAUUCUCGGCUCGCCUACGCAGCCUUCGACGAUCACGCCUUCCAUUCGAACCAUCAUUCUGCCACCUCAGCCUAGUCCUGCCACUCCAACUGCCCCGGAAACUAGGACUUCCACCCCCUCAACGCCUCCUGCUCAGACUCCCGGCUCGCCUUCCGUCAACUCUGCUAACAUCAGUGAAGAACUGACCAGCCUCCCGUAUAUAAACACAGAAAAUGUCACCAGCCCUAAUGUGAAUGCUGUGGAAAUUGAGAACAUUCUGUCGCAAAUGGAAAGGGCUGUAGCGUUGGGGGACGUGGAGCCAGACCUCGCGGGGAAAAUGGUCACCAACGUUAGCCAUCUCUUACAUGCCCCACCAGCCUUGCUUGCCCCUCGGGCCAAAAGGUUGAUGAAACUGGUGGAUAAUAUUGGCUUAAAACUGAACUUUUCUACCGAGGUCAUAAAUUUUACCUCUCCCUCUUUGGCUCUGAGCGUGGUCAAAGUCAACGCCAGCAUGUUCAAGGAAACCUCCUUCUCUGCCCAUGGCCCUUCAGAUCUUCAGGUUACUCUGGGAACGCAAGUUUCUGCAAACAGUAUUGGAACAAUUACACUUCCUUCAUCCUUGCUGAGCAGCUUAUCAGCCAAAGAUAUGGAGUUAGCUUCUAGAAUCCAAUUCAACUUUUAUGAAACUACCACUUUGUUCCAGGAUCCCUCACUGCAGAAUCUCUCUCUGAUCAGCUACGUCAUAUCAUCCAGUGUGGCUAACUUGACAAUUAAAAACUUAUCAGAAAAUGUUACUGUCACACUACAGAACACCAGCCCAAACCAGGAUAAUUCAUCUGUGAAAUGUGCAUUUUGGAACUUCAGCAAAAAUGAUGGGGAAGGAGGUUGGGCUUCUGAAGGCUGCAUGGUAAAAGACAGAAAAGUCAAUGAAACCGUGUGCACAUGCAACCAUCUCACAAGUUUUGGAGUCCUGCUGGACCUGUCUAGACCACCUUUACCUCCCAUCCAAGUACUGAUUCUUACAUUUAUUACCUACAUAGGCUGUGGCCUAUCGGCUAUUUUUCUUUCUGUUACCCUGGUAACAUACAUAGCCUUCGAGAAAGUGCGAAGAGACUACCCUUCCAAAAUCCUUAUUCAGCUUUGUGCCGCCUUACUCCUCUUGAACCUGGUGUUCCUUUUGGACUCGUGGAUUGCUCUGUACAAUGUGCGAGGUCUUUGCAUCUCAGUGGCGGUAUUCCUGCACUAUUUCCUCUUGGUUUCCUUCACUUGGAUGGGACUGGAAGCCUUCCACAUGUACCUGGCCCUCGUUAAAGUGUUUAACACCUAUAUCCGGAAAUACAUCCUCAAAUUCUGCAUCGUCGGCUGGGGCGUUCCGGCUAUUGUCGUUGCGAUCGUGUUGGCCGUAUCACCUGAUAACUACGGUCAAGGAUCUUAUGGGAGAUUUCCCAACGGAUCCCCUGAUGAAUUUUGCUGGAUCAAAAACAACGUCGUGUUUUAUAUAACCGUCGUCGGGUACUUCUGUGUGAUAUUUCUGUUGAAUGUCAGCAUGUUCAUUGUGGUGCUGAUUCAGCUGUGUAGAAUUAAAAAGAAGAAGCAACUUGGAACUCAGAGGAAAACAAGCAUCCAAGACCUUAGGAGUGUUGCUGGACUCACGUUCCUUUUGGGAAUUACUUGGGGUUUUGCUUUUUUUGCCUGGGGACCGGUUAACCUCAUUUUUAUGUACCUGUUUGCCGCCUUUAACACCUUGCAAGGAUUCUUCAUUUUCGUCUUCUACUGUGUAGCCAAGGAAAACGUCCGCAAGCAGUGGCGACGGUAUCUUUGUUGUGGGCGAUACCGACUGGCGGAAAAUUCUGAUUGGAGUAGAACUGCUACUAAUGGUUUAAAGAAGCAGAAUGUAAACCAAGGAGUGUCCAGUUCUUCAAAUUCUUUACAAUCAAACAGUAACUCCACUAAUUCCACCACACUGCUAGUGAAUGAUUGCUCAAUACAUUCAAAUGGGAACGUUCACGUCUCUACGGAGAGAAACGGGGUUUCAUUCAACGUUCAGAAUGGUGACGUGUGCCUUCACGACUUCUCAGGAAAGCAGCUAAUACUGAAUGAGAAGGAUGAGGCCAGCAACAACAAAAACCGGAUCUCUCUCAGAAGGACUUCAAAGAGGGGAAGCCUGCACUUUAUAGAACAAAUGUGAUGACUUUCUUUUUUUUUUGGCAUGAUGUUUUACAGUGCAAAAUAUCAGAAUUUUAACUUUUACAUAAUGUGAGACUUAGCAACUGACCUUUAUUUAAUUCAGUUCUUAGAAGCCUCUGGGAGAACUUACCUUGGACCAUCAAGAUCAACGGUUAUUAAUCAAGGAUUUUAAACGUUAUGCACAAGGUACUUCAAAUACCGCAUCAUGGCAUGCGUAUAUUUGCAAUCUGCGUUUUCAUUCGUCCUUUCAAACGAGGACUAGUUUUCGGACAUCUCUUUAUCGGUAUAAUUAGCGAUGCCAUAAUCCGUAGUAGUAUUGUAAAAAUGUAGGCCACGUCAAGCUAGAUUUUGAAAAACGCUAAACUCUUUCAUAGUGUAAUAUAAAGCUUCUGUUUCCUUCAGCCAAUUCAUAGGUUUUAGUAGCAGAUGUUUUUGUUGUAUAUAAGCUGAAGCCCAUAACCCCCCCCCCCACUUCUCCUAUUUGUAUUUAUUUCUUAUAAUGUAAAUGCAUUUUUGUAAAACAAAUGAUUAGGUUCUCUUUUUUAAGGACUGUUAAAUGACAGAAUGGACUCCCAAACUGUCCUCUUUUUAUGUUUAAAGAUGAUUUCUACACCACACGAAAUACAGCAACCUACAAAGGCAACAAAAAUGUUGGCUAAGAAUGUGGCUACAUAGAAUCUCUAUAAAGGCCCUUCAGCUUCCUCAUGACUGAGACUCAAGGCAAGUCUUUGUAGCCUGAUACAGAAUUCAGUCAGGACAGGAGUGGGAAUAUGAAUCAAUCAAGGGUAUUUAUUGAGCGCCUUCUGUGCGCAGAGCAUUGUACUAAGCGCUUGGGAGAGUACGAUACCACAGAGUUGAUGGUCACGUUCCCUGCCCACAAGGAGCUUACAGUGUAGAGGGGGAGACAGACCUUAAAAGAAAUUACAGAAGUGCUGUGAAGCUGAGGGAAAGGUAAGACUCCAGUCCUUUAAUGUGAUGAUCUCAAAUGAGGAUGAGGGUAAGAAAUAAAAGUUGGGGCCACUGGUAGGCCGAAGAACAGGAAAAAAAAAUGAGGAAGAUGAGGAGUAAGGGAAGGAAAAAGGAGGAAGAGGAAGCGAGAGAGAGAGAGAAAGAUAGAUCAGGCCAGCAGUUGUAGCAAAACUUCCUCAAAUGUCAUCAACUGCCUGCAAACCUUUAAUGGGAAAUUCCAGCACCUGAGUAGAUUGAAACACUCAUGUGGAAGUCAGUGAAUCCCUCACAACCAUUCCAAGAAAGAAAUGCAGGUGAUUGAUAUAAAGGUGAAAUACACCAAAAACAAUAUUCCUACCAGCCAUCCUUAAGUAGCCAAGGCGACCACACAUUACAAUCGUUAGUUUCCUGUAUAAGCUAAAGCCAGAAUGAUUUUGGUUUUAUUUUUUCAAGUUAUGUCUUGAAGAAUGUAUAUUGAUCAAGGUGAGCACGUGGUUUGGAAGAGUGGAAUCACCCUCGUUAUUGUUUGUUUCAAUGUCGGACAUCCCUUUUUUCAUGGAAUUCAUGGGUUUUUCCUCGCUUCCCACCUACUGGAUCUUUUCCAUUACCAUGAAUUGAUGUGUUUCAUCGGAACGAUUUGGAACAUUUAGUUAGCUCCUCCACUAACUAAAGUUAUCUUGCUUAUAUUCCACUUGUGAAGGUGAAUGUGGUACCAAAUAGAAAUAAUACAAUAUUGUAGUUCUGCGACUGAGGUGUUGGGCUCGUUGCCUUGGCACCGUUUCUUGUAAGAGUUAUUUAAAUCUCCUGUAUUUAUAUUUUAAAAUGUUAAAAGUGAUAAAUAAAUCUGCAGUUGAGUAAAUGUU